AUGGCCCCGGCAAAGGAUUCUGUUAAAAAGAGAAUUACGUGGACGGAAGAGUUGACUCAGAAGAUGUUCAUUUCAAUCAUUAACACCCUUGAGCCGAGUCAGAUUAACUACGCUAAAGUUGCCGAGCAACUCGGAGAAGGGCACACGCGGGAUACGGUUUACAAACGUAUAUAUGAUCUCGAAAAGAGAUACAGCAACCAGGGAGACGGUUCGACUCAUAUUGGAUGCGUUAUUCUCAAAGCAAAGCAUAGUCACCUCACCGAGGAAGUUAAAACUAAGACAAACGAAGAGUUGGAGGAGCAAGUCUUUAAUCUGCGUGCAAAGCUUUUCAAGUUCGAUCGCGAGUCUCAUGAGUGA